AUGAUGAAUGGGACGGACCAGACGGUCAUGGAGAUGCAUGCAGAAACGACAAGAUCGCGAAGGAUGAAUUCCGGGCUGCUUGGAUCUGCCGUGGGGAACAAACUUGAUUCAUUGAUCAACUUUCUUGUCUCCGGUUUAUCGAUAAAGACGUUAAACAAGUACACUAAACCAUUGAGCAAGAGAGGGAGUCUCAAGACUGAGAACAUCAGCUUCUUGUUCUUGAGAGAGAGCUUGCGGGAUUCGUUUAACAUGCCCGCAACAUCCUUUAGAACAUCCGAGAACGAAAAUAGACCCAUCGGUUGCUAG